CAGCUGCAUGACGUCACCAGCUCUCCCAGCAGCCUGAGAGGCAGUCGAUGGAGCGCUGGUUUCAGCUCGGCGGCUCGGGAUUUCUCGCUUUUCAGUGUGUCUCCAGCCUCAGAGAUGGCCGGUGAGAGUAUUCCUCAGAUCGGGAACAGCAUGUGAGCUCCUGUUUGAAAGCAACCACCGAGUAAAUGGACGAACAAGAAGAUCCAGGUGACAGCGUGUGCGCUGGAUGCGGAGGCAGGAUUCAGGAUGCUUUUCAUGUCAAGCUGCACAAAGGUUUCUGGCACAACGCUUGUUUUCGGUGUUCCGAGUGCUGUGAUCUCCUGACCAAUUGGUACUAUGAGCGGGAGGGAAAACUCUACUGUGGAAAACACUACUGGGAGAAAUUCGGGGAGCUGUGUCAUGGCUGCUCACUGCUAAUGACCGGACCAGCUAUGGUGGCUGGAGAGUACAAGUAUCAUCCCGAGUGUUUUGUGUGUCUGAGGUGUAAGGUGGUGAUCGAGGAACGGGAUACGUACGCCCUGGUGGAGCGCUUCAAACUGUACUGUGGUAAAUGCUACAAGCAGGAGGUCUUGGCACCGAUGUUGGAAAGGCGCUGCACGGCUGACUCGUCUCCCGACACGCUGCCUCACACAGUGACGCUGGUGUCCAUGCCAGCGGCUGCUAAUGGGAAACGAGGCUUCAGUGUAAGCGUGCUCCGGGACUGCAGCAGCACUACAGCCAGCGUGCACGUCAAAGAGGUACGGGGGAUGCUGAUCAGCCCGGAGGUUCGGAAUGCCAUCCAUGUGGGUGACCGCAUCCUGGAGAUCAAUGGCCUUCCAGUAGGAACGCUGAUGGAGGACGAGGUGGAGGAUCUCAUCCAUCGAACCAGUCAGACGCUGCAGCUGCUGAUCGAGUAUGACCCGGUCAGACAGAGACUGGACCGACUUCGUCUGGGCACCUCCAACAACCGCCUGGGCGUUCCUGCCGCUUCACGUCUGCGUCUGUCCUCCCCGACUGACGGAGUGAUCGAGAGGACAGAUAAUGAUGACGGGACACUGAAGAGGAGAUCUCUAAGGCGCAGUAACAGUAUCUGUAAGUCCCCGGGGCCCGGUUCCCCUAAGGAGCACCCGAUUCUGGCACGGGACAUCAGCCGCUCCGAAUCACUCCGAGCCUCCUCCAGCUGCUCCCAUCGUAUUUUCCGACCAUGUGACCUCAUCCACGGAGAGGUGCUCGGCAAGGGCUUCUUCGGUCAGGCCAUCAAGGUCACCCAUAAGGCCACGGGAGAGGUCAUGGUCAUGAAAGAGCUGAUCCGGUGUGACGAAGAGACGCAGAAAACCUUCCUAAAAGAGGUCAAAGUGAUGAGGAGCUUAGAUCAUCCUAACGUCCUUAAGUUCAUUGGCGUGUUGUAUAAAGACAAGCGGCUCAAUCUAAUCACAGAGUUCAUCGAGGGUGGAACCCUGAAGGACUUCAUUAGAGAUGUGGACCCAUUCCCAUGGAGGCAGAGGGUUAGCUUUGCCAAAGGCAUUGCUUCAGGAAUGUCAUACCUGCACUCGAUGAGCAUCAUCCACAGAGAUCUGAACUCACACAACUGCCUGGUAAAACUGGACAACACGGUGGUGGUGGCGGACUUCGGUCUGUCUCGUCUCGUCAUGGAGGACAAGGUGAAGCAGCCCCCUCCUGACAAGCCCACCAACAAGAAGAGGAUAUUCCGUCGUAUCGACCGCAAAAAGCGCUACACAGUGGUGGGCAACCCGUACUGGAUGGCUCCGGAGAUGCUGAAUGGUAAACGCUACGACGAGAAGGUGGACGUUUUCUCGUACGGCAUUGUGCUCUGCGAGAUCAUCGGGCAGGUGUACGCUGAUCCCGAGUGUUUGCCCCGCACACUGGACUUCGGGCUCAAUGUGGGCAAGUUUACAGAGAAGUUUCUACCUGAGGACUGUCCUCCUGCUUUCUUCCCAUUAGCCGUGGCCUGCUGUGACCUCGUUCCUGACAGCCGGCCAACCUUCCAGAAGCUGGAGGACUGUUUCGAGGCCUUGACUCUAAACCUGGAUCUUGGUAUCCCUCUUCCGGCGGAACUUGAUGAGCUGCAGCAGAGACUUUCAAAACCUAACGGGCUCAAGAGUGACGAUCUGUCCCCAAAAUCCAGCUCUUCUCUGGAGCGCUCCAGCCUGGAUAACGACGCCACGUAGCCGGAGGAAGUAAAACUCGUAGAGCUCAAGUUGGGCCUCCACACAGAUUCCAUGGGGCGGUGACCAAUUUAUUAUUACCUACAAGGACAAGUUUACAUGAACGGAUAUGCUGGAUUCUGUGCACUUGGUGUGUUUACAAUGCGUUCACACUGGGGUGCUUGUGUUGAGUCAGAAUGUUGAGGAGAAUUUUAGAGCUGAUGGAUCUUUUGUUAUGAUCCAAUGAGGGAGGCACAUUUCAUGACUCAAGGAGGUUUUUUUUUCUUUUUCUCUCAAGGGUAAGGUUUUUCCUUACGUUACAGACUAAUUUGGGAUAUUUUGGCAUCUCUCAUCCUAUUUAUAUCUGGAGUGCUUGCAACUAGAGGCAUCAUGACGAAUCUGUAAAACAAACCCAAAUGACAUGCAGCUGCUAGGAUCAGAAUAAAACUCACAAGGGUCUUACUACGGCUUCUGUUGUGUAUCUGUGAGCAUGCGUCGAUCUUCCUUGAAUUAAAUCAGUAGUAUCUUGUUGCUGGAGAGACUGUUAAUCACUUGGAUGACUUUGUAGCAUGACUUUAGAGGUCUUGGAGCGCAGGCUGUUUAAAUCAGAACCCUGAACACUGAACCCUGCUGCCCCCUGGUGGUUGAUUACAUUAAUGUGCAUAUUUCUCAGCAGGGCCUAAGACAAAUUACCUGGACGAAAAACUGGAUAUUCUAUUUUUAAAAAGAAUGAAAAAAAAAAUAGAAGGAACUGCCAGCAGCAGUUGUUUUUUUCUGUUUUACUUCCCACUACAAAAAAUAACUCCUAAAUGACUGGUGAGUUUUUAUCCUGGACGAGUCGUUACAGAUUUUUGUACAUGUUUAGGCUGAAAGCAGCUGCCAGUUUGGUGUUAAUAUUUGUGAAAAAGUACAGAAACUUAAAAAUAACUGGAGAUAUGAUUGUUUUUUGUUUGAUAAGAAUUAUUUGAGAUUUGUUAGUGUCAGAAUUGUAUAGAAGUUGUAAUUGCAUAGUGUGGGAUAACCUUGGUUUGCUGAUUGCAUUUUGUAGAAUGUAAAAAGUCCAGUUCUUUCCCCCUAGCAUCCUCGUUCAAAAGGUACUUGAUGUGUGAACAUCAUAACCACUGAUAUUUCUAUUUCCUGUGUUCCUGACGCUAAUGUUUCACAAAUAAAUUAAUUAAUUAAC